ACUAAAAAAGAAAAAUUGACCGUGGGAAAUGAGUAUCCAACGCUACUCUUCCCUCCCUAUUCCCACUUCCCCAACCGUUACCACAUGCCACUCUCUCUCUCUCUCUCUCUCUCUCUCCUCUGAGUAAGUGUGAUAAUGUCAUGUUACAUGUCACUCCCCUUCUCACUUCUGCUUCCACUUCUCCUUUUCCUUUCUCAAGCUUCAUCACUUUCCUUCUCGGAUGGAAACUCCCACUUUCCACACGCCCCACAAACAUCACUCACACCAUCUUCAGAGUGGGAAUUAUCGGAGAAGCAACAUGAUUAUUUGUGGGGGACCAAAAUGUCUUUUGUGGAGGGACCCGAUUUCCAACCUGUUCAAUACUAUUCACUUGUUUUAGCUGCGGAGAGGACACAGAGGAAAGACCCUCUUAAUGGCUUCAAACGGUACAUUGGAGGAUGGAAUAUCAGUGAACGCCAUUACUGGGCAUCUGUUGGUUUCACUGCAGUCCCAUUGUUUGCCAUUGCUGCCAUCUGGUUUGUGGCCUUUGGAUUGUGCUUAUCUCUCAUCUGUCUUUGCCACUUCUGUUGUGGAAGACGGUCUUAUGGCUAUUCGGGAACAGCGUACACUCUUUCUCUUAUUUGCCUCAUUCUCUUCUCCAUUGCCGCAGUCGCUGGCUGCAUUGUGUUGUAUGCGGGUCAGGAUAAGUUUCAUCAUAGCACAACGAAUACGCUGGACUACGUCGUAAGUCAGGCGGAUUUUACAGUUGGGGAACUAAGGAAUGUGUCGGAUUAUCUUUCUCAAGCUAAGCAGCUUGGAGUGGACCAAAUCUUUCUACCUGCCAAUGUUCAGACUGAUAUUGACCAGAUCCAAAUAAAGAUAAAUUCUUCUGCAAGCAACGUCGCUGACAAAACAGCAGAGAAUGCAGAUGACAUGAGGGAUCUCUUAGAUUCUGUGAGGUUGGCGCUCAUCAUAGUAGCUGCCAUCAUGCUUGUAUUGAUAUUUCUGGGACUUUUAUUUUCACUUUUUGGGAUGCAAAUUCUGGUCUACAUCCUUGUGAUCACCGGAUGGAUUAUUGUUGCUGGAACAUUCAUUCUGUGCGGCACAUUCCUUAUUCUUCAUACUGUGGCUGGGGAUACUUGUGUCGCAAUGGACCAAUGGGUGCUGAACCCCACUGCUCACACAGCCUUAGAUGAAAUCAUGCCCUGCGUGGACAAGACAAUGGCGCAAGAAACAGUACUGCGAAGCAAGGAAGUUACAUUGCAGAUAGUCGAAUUGAUCAACGAGGUUAUCACCAACGUGUCUAACAUCAAUUUCGCCCCACAAUUCGUUCCGUUUUACUUCAACCAGUCUGGUCCACUGGUGCCAAUCCUUUGCAACCCUUACCACCAUGACUUGACUGAUCGAGUAUGCACUGCUGGUGAAGUGGACAUGAACAAUGCUACACAGGUGUGGGAGAAGUAUGUGUGCCAGGUGGCAGCCAAUGGGGUUUGCACGACGACAGGUCGUUUGACUCCAAAUUUCUACAGCCAAAUGAGCAGUGGAGUGAGCAUGAGCAUUGCGUUGCACAGCUACGGGCCUUUCCUUGUGGAGCUACAAGACUGCACUUUCGCUAGAGAAACUUUCAGCCAAAUCUACUCCCAACAUUGCCCUGCUCUUCAACGUUACAGCAAAUGGAUCUACGUUGGCUUGCUCAUGGUUUCCACGGCUGUUAUGAUGUCCCUCAUCUUCUGGGUCAUCUACUCCAGAGAAAGGCGACACCGUAUUUACACCAGGCAAUCCAUGGCCGAUGAUCAUCACUCCGAACCCGAAAAGGAUUAGGAAAAAUGCUUACGGCCACGCACUACCACUAAUAGAAAGUAGACUCCGUUUUUGAGUAAUUGCAGGACCUACAUUCUAUUAAUGAGUGGGUGCUUAACACUAUCGGUGUCUAAUAGCAUUGUUCAUGAAUUAACUUGAAAAAAAAACAAAAGUGUUUGGAUGUUUUUAGGGAAUUAUGUUUGUAAUGAUUAUUGUUAUGGAGUUUUUUUUUCCCUUUUUUUUUUUUGUGAUUUCUUUCUUUUUUUGGGGUCGAGGAAAGAUGUAGGGACUAACGUCAUUUUGGCUAUGCUGCCGUCGUCAGCCACGUUGGUUUGGCGGCUUGUUGCUUUCUUUCUUUAGAAUGAAGGAGCGUCUGAAUCCACUCUUUACAACUAAACGACAUCAUAAAUUAACAAACGACAGUCCAUGCAUGC